AUGGCGUGCGAUUUGACGACGGCGAUAGUGACCGGGGUAGCGACGGAAACCUUCAAAGGUGAGGGAUGUGAAGAAGUCAACUAUGCCACGUGUGAUAGUAGGAGUGCUAAAGGUAUUGAAGAAGAUGGGUUUACCAUAAUUGAUCUUGAUGAGUUAUAUGGAAGAAAUGCACGAUGUGUAGAAGGUAGCUCAAUACGGAGCGUUAUAGAGGUUGGAGACAUUAGCUUGAACGCAAAUACAUCAUCCGAUAAUGCAGAUUUCUUGAAUAUGGAUAGUCAAUUUGAGUAUACUCAUCCCGAGUUCAAUGCCGAUGUGGAUAUGGAGAAUCCUACCUUCAAAUUAGGAAUGUGCUUUAGCAAUGCUAAGGAGUUUAGAGAAGCAAUUAAGAAUUAUGCCAUAAAAAAUGGGAGACGGGUGAGGUUUGCUAAGAAUGCACCAAAUAAGGGGGAGCACACUUUACAAGUUAAAACCUUCAAUCCCGUACAUAAAUGUAAUAGAGCUCUACAUGUUCCUCAAGUAAGCUCUAAAUGGUUAGCAAACAAAUAUUGUGAUCGGUUGAGGAACAAUCCAACAUGGCCAGGUGCUUCAAUGAAGAAAACAAUGGAGUCUGAGAAUGUUUUGAAGCUAUCCAGGACAAUGGUAUAUAGAGCUAGGGCUACAGCAAUGAGUAUGGUCAUAGGGAAUGAGCAAGAGCAAUUUCAUAUGCUUAGAAGUUAUUGCCAAGCACUUCUUGAUUCCAAUCCAGGAUCCGCUUGUGUAAUCAAGAGUGAGCAAUGCCAGGACCAAUCCAAGUUUAGAGGAGUCUACAUAUGUCUAGAUGCAUUGAGGAGGGGUUUUCUAGAAGGAUGUAGGCGCUUUGUAGGGUUUGAUGGUUGUCAUUUGUCAUCGGGCUACAAGGGUAUACUUCUAGCAGUUGUAGGCCUAGAUGGAAACAAUCAAAUGUAUCCAUUUGCAUGGGCGGUUGUGGGACAAGAAACAUACGAAACAUGGCACUGGUUUAUUAGUAUGAUGGCAGAAGAUCCGGGGAUCACGGACCCUACAAAUUCCAAGUAUUGGACUUUCUUGUGUGAUAAGCAGAAGGGAUUAGUGCAAGCACUAGCAAAUUUGAUGCUUGAAGCAGAACACAGAUUUUGCUUGAGGCAUCUUUAUGAGAAUUUCAGGCUGCGUCACAAAGGAAUGGAACUUAAACGUUUGGUUUGGAAGGCUGCCAUGGCAACUAGGGUGUGUGAUUUCAACUUGGCAAUGGAAGAGCUUAAGGCGGUCGAUGAAAAAGCUCAUGAUUGGUUAUCCCAAAGGCCUCCAGUGCAAUGA